AUGCCAAUAAUCCUAGCAUCGUUAGUCUUCGCAUUCGCUUUGGCGGCAUUACCAUCGACGGAACCUGAUCCCAGCGAAGAAGAGCAAGCUAGAUAUGUUGCGGAGAUUCAAUAUCAGCAAGACAUGAAAAGGCAGAAAGUCAAUCGUCGAAGGCGAGAAGCGGAAUAUGGGAUGGAGGAGAAGGAGUCGAAAGUGAUGAAGAAGUCAUUGUCACAUGGAUAUGACUCUGGUGUCGGGUUGGGAUUGGGAUUGGGAUUGGAUCUUGACGUGUCAAGUAUACCUAACUCAUCCUCAAUAGAGAAGAGAUCACAAUGGCAUCCACACUCAAGUUCACGUUCACGUUCGAACCGUAUAACCUCAGACAUAUAUCCUUCUUUCCCUGCUUCAUCUCACUAUCAUCAGACUUACACUAGACCGACAAGUCAAUCAAGACAUUUGCGUAGAUCGUCAUCUGUUCCAUCAAUGUCAGGAUCAAGCUCAACGAACUCAAGCCCUGGAAAUUCACCAAAGCUAUUCAACACACCAUUGGCUUGA